AUGCACAAUAAUAGAAUGAAUAGUUAUGAUGAAAUAAAAUAUCCUAUGAUCCAACAUCUCCCCAGUAUUGCCAAAGACCUGUUACUAGACAUUUUUAAGGACACAGAUAGUCUGAUUUAUGAGCUUUAUCAAGAUCCGUAUGAAGUUAUAAGGCGUGAUUGCCAUCAGCACUUUGACACCUCAGACUACCCAGCUAAAAACAUCUACGAAAUUCCACAGGACAAUAAAAAGGUGCUAGGAAUGAUGAAAGAUGAAAAUAAUGGUGUUCCAAUGACCGAUUACAUAGGUCUUAGGUCUAAAUUAUACUCUACGAAGGUUUUGGUAACAGAUUACGAUAUUAUGAAAAAACGAUUGGAGUUGGAGGAGAAGGAGUAUGAUGAAGACGAGAUCGAUAUUAUUUUGAAAAAUGUUGGUGUAACAAAGAAGGCCAAGGGCGUAAAGGGUUCUGUGGUGAAAACUAUUAUAACAUUUGAUGAUUAUAUGAAUUGUCGAAGACUGUUUCACAAAAUUUGA